AUGACUCACGAUUCGGAACGAAAUAUGAGCUUUUCAGGAGAGUUGGUCGGUACUGCUACCACUGCUACCACUGCUACCACUGCUGCUGUUGAUCCAGGUCCCUCUGCUGUUUCUGCACCCGCAGUUUUUGAAUACAAACCAUCUGAACAUCUAGGUACGGCAAUGUCAAGUCCUCAAGGAAUAAUGUUACAUCCAACCCGAAGCAUCACCACAACGACGACGACGACUGCCACCACCACCGCCGCGGCUGCCACCACCACCACCGCUGCGGCAGCUUCAUCUUCCUCCCUAUCGUCGUCCUCGUCGUCCUCGUCGUCCUCGUCGUCGUCCUCAUCAUCAUCUUUACCAGCAAGUCCCUUCAUUUCAAACACCAGCUCACCACUUCAACGGAGAAAUGGUAUACUAGAGCCGGCAGAUGUUUCUAGUCCACAGCUAGAUAAAAGCAUAUUUGACCUACAAAACUCCUUGCGUAGUCUUAAAGUGCAUAAUGGGAGCAGUACUGAAAGUAAUCAAGGAACCAUAGGAACCAUAGGAACCAUAGGAACCGUUUGGGUCAAUGAUGAUGACUCUAUGGAGAGUUUGCACCGCACACCGGUAAGGAAUAAACAGCAUAACGUAUCACCAUGGAGACAGUUUCGCCCUGUAGUACAAGCGCCCGUAGCUGUGAAUUCCCUCCUCCAUAAUAAACCUAAUUUGAAGUACAAGUCUAUCAAUGAGGAUGUAGCCAACAAGCCGACAAUUGGAACGACUUCUCGUGAGGAUCAACUCAUCAAAGAACUAAUAAACAAUAAAAUACAAAUCAAACUAAUGAGAAAUUAUAUACAAGAGCUUAUCGAUAAAAACAAUUCAAAUAAUGAUGAUUAUCACCGGAUUAUGGUUGCAAUGGAGAUGGCAACAGAUGCAAAAAGAAAACUACAGGCGAUUCAAGCUGAAUAUGAUGAAGUAUUCAAUCUUAAUCAAGAUCUAUAUUCGAAUUUAAAAACAUUUGAAACGCGGUUGCAUGAACAAGAAGUGCAAAUCAAGGAGAAAGACUCGAGAUUGCAAACUAUAAAAAAUGGUAUAUGCCAAGUUUUGAAACUAGUCUUGGGGAAAAAUAGUAGUAGUAGUAGUUGUAAUAAUAAUGAUGAUGAUAAAAAGAAGAAAAGGAAGGACACAAAGGAACAUAAUAGACAAGACAUUGAAAGCAGUAUAUCUUUGCCUAUGGAACUGCAGCUUGAGAUGUUACUAGAAGAAUUGAGAAAAUGGCCACGUGAUUCAAAUGCAGGCCCAUUAACACCACCACCAUCCGAUAAUGGGACAAUUACUAGCAAAGAGAGUAAAAGAGUUAAAGAGCUCGAGAGUGAAAGAGUUGAUUACAUCAGAGCAAACCAAAAACUCCAGGAGGUGCUAAAUGCAAAAUCGCAGGAUCUUUCUGAAUUAGAAAAGAAAUUGCAGAUAAUGGAAGAAAAAUCAUUUCAAAUACAGGAGCUUUUAAACAAGGAAAAGGAUGAGCAUGCAAAAAGGCUACAAAAGUACGAAGCUAUAGUAAGCGAAUUGAAUCAAGAGGUCAAUAAACUAAGUGAAGAUGGAAUAAAAGUCUCUAAAAAUCCCCAAAAACGUCUAAGUAUUCAGGAACUGAAUCUUGUCACUGAAUACCUAGAAUUGCAGAAUGCAUAUAGCUCAAUAUUGGAAGAAUUGAGUCAAACACGGGAAGCGCAUUUAGCCAUUCAAGAGGAAAAUGAACAAAAACUAAAAGAUGCAACGACAAAGUUGCAUGAAAAAUCCGUCGAGGCACGGGCACAAAUGAAAUCAAUUGAGAGACUCAAAACCGACCUUGAAGCAGCUUUGGACAAGCAAAGGCAAUUCAAUACCGACAGAAUUCAGACUUCGUAUGCCAACGAGUCUUUGAAAAAGGAGAAUCAAGUAUUGCGUGAAAAAGUACAAAGGUUAACCGAAUUCAUGUCUUUCACGACAAUAGGUGACAGCGACAACUCUCAAGAUGCAUUAAAGAAGCUUUCAAUAAUCGAAUACCAGUACAAAGAUCUAUUAUCAUUUGACCUAGCCGAGUUCCACAAGUUGAUCCAAUCUUACAAUAAAAUUGCCGACGACAGAUCCUUGAUGGACCCUACUCAAAAAUACGAAAAGUUGGUCAAGAGACUUGAUGAUUUUGAUCAAAAUGACAUUGCGUAUAUAAGAGAUAAGCACAAAUCAGUUUUUGAGUAUUUCAUUAGGGCAACUGAUAUGUUGAUAAAUGAUCACGUGAGAUUAUUGCUCAAGGAAACCGAUUCAGGAGAUGAUAUGCAAUUGAGAAAGAAAGUUGAGCAACUAAGCGACGAGAAUACAGAGUUGAAAGAAGAAUUAUACUCAGCAAAAACCGCUCACGCUGAGGAGAAUGAUCCAUCAUCAAUCUGGGCCUUGAGGUUGAAUGAUCUUCGACAAAAAUGGAAAGCCGAAAGAGAACGUCGUAUACUUGAGGAUCGAGAGGCCCAAAAGAGGUUUAAAGAAAUGGAGAAUGAAAUUUCGAGGUUAAAGCUUCGUGCGGGCGCGUAG